AUUAGAAGAAGAAACUGCAGCGGAUGUGUCACUUCCUGUCGUACUUGCUUCGAUGUGUUUUGUUUGAGAAGAACGGCUAUUUUUAUUAUCCGUGGACAUUGCAAUGUUCCUGUACAUCAUCGAAAUGAUUUUUAAUUUCGUGGAAUGCCCGAGCACUGGACACGAAAUUGAAGAACAUGUUAUAGUCUGUUCUUUUUGAAAGUGACUCUGGAGUGAAGCGGUCAGUGAAAGGUAACUAACGGCAGGGGCAUGGACCACGCCCAGCGGGAGAAGCUGUCGGAGUUGGUCGAGGAGUUGACCACUUCUGGGGAGCCAAAAUUGAACCAAGACAAAAUGAAGGAGGUGAAAAAGAUUUGCAAGGUGUCAAACGACUACAUCGAGCAUGUCUAUCACCUGAUCAUGAUGCAGCUGGCCCAGGAGCAUGCCGAGAUCCGCCUCUCAGCCCUGCAGAUCACCGAUGAGCUGUUCUCGCGCUCGCACCUCUUCCGCACGCUGCUGGUGUCCAACCUGCAAGAGUUCCUGGAGCUGACGGUGGAGACGGACGCCGAGCAGCCUCUCCCGCCACCCCAAGAGGUGGCCCGAAAACUCAAGACCCUGGCCAUUCACACCAUUCAGGCCUGGCAAGACGCCUACGGCCAGGCCUACAAGAAGCUGGCCCUGGGCUACCACUUCCUCAAACAGGUCAAAAAGGUGGACUUCAAUGACAUUCAUGCCAGAACACAGGCAGAAAGGAGAAGACUAGAAGAGAAGCAGAAGAGACUGGAAAGGAUUUAUAAAGAUAAAGUGACAAAGGCGAUCCAGGAGAUGGAAGAGGCCAUACCCGACAUUGAGGAGUGCUUGACGGAGGUAGAGAACUGCAUUCAGCUCCUAACGCCCCACCCGGGAGACUUCAACCUUGGCAGUCUGAAACCAACAGCUGCCUCUCCAUCACCAGCCUCCAUGCCCCCAGGGCAUCACAAGGAGCCCCUGGUCUCCACUGUUGAUGAUGAGAGGCCUUGUUGCAGUAAAGACCUGGAGGAUAAGGGAGCAGAGGAGUUAAAGGAGGUGACAAAAAAGGAGGAAGAAGAGAGCAGUGAAGAGGAGUCAGAGAUGGAGGAGGUUCCAGAGCAAGACGCUUUUAUUCGAAACACAGGUUUGAUGUCACGCACGUACAGCCUGGCCCUGGACAUUUCAACAGACGUUAGUGUGAAGGAAACAGAGGACAAUGAGGCCGUGGUCAACGCCAUGCGUGACCUGCACUGCCUCAUCAGCACAAAGCAUCUGCCUGCAGUCCAAUCCUGGGUUAAGCUGUUUACCAAGGCUGGAGGGAAUGAGGUGCUCCUCAGACGUGCACUGGACUUGAAGAAGGGCCUAGUGAAGGCUUUGCAGAAGCACAAGGAGCUGCACAUCGAGUACAGGAGGAGAGAGCGCCGAGUGGUAAAAGCGGGCACGUGUGAUGUGGAAGAGGAAGACGACGAUGAUGACUUCGAGGAGGUCCCGGAGAAGGAAGGCCUUGAACUGCACAUUCCGGACCACCUCCGCGCAGAGUAUGGUCUUGAGCCGGCCUCCGCUUCCACCUCUUCAUUGAAGUUGGCAAAGCCAGUGCCAGCCCCCCAGCCCCUUCCACUACCAAAGAGGUGUAGCUAUGCGGAAGAGCAGGACCCCACGUGUGCAGCUGCCACACUGCUUGUCCUCAAGCAGAAGCUGGCCUCUGCAUCGCCUGCCAGCACUUCAGGGGGCUGUGUGGAGCCAAAGGACAAGGAAGAACACAGCCAAGACAAAGCAAAAGCCCCUGUCAUCCCUUUUGGCAUAGACCUCUAUUAUUGGGGUCAGGAGCAACCCACUGCGGGCAAAAUGAUUAGGUUCAGCUCUCAGCACCAAUUCUGGGUUCCACAUGAGGUAGAGGAAGAAGUAGAGAACAAAGAACUCUCUGCGCAGAUGAAGUCCAGGUAUAUCACCUUUGCUGGGAACUUUGAGCCGAUCACGCAUGAAUGCAGGGCUCCCAUGCCCAAUGGCACUCUCUGCAAACGGCAAGACCGGGUUAAGUGUCCUUUCCAUGGGGUGAUUAUCCCAAGGGAUGAUAUGGGUAACCCCACAAACCCUGAUGAUGCAGCUCGGCUGGAGAAGGAGAGGAUGAAGCUUCAGGAAGAUCAGCCAGACUGGAGGGAUCCAGAGCUUAUGCGAGAAAUUGAGGCCGCCACAGGGGAGGAUCUGGGGUCCUCCAAGACAUUUGGGAAGGGCAAGAAUGGUUCCAAGGGCAAGGGCAAGAAGUACUCCAACCUGACAGACCUGAAGCAGAGCACCAACACGGCACGCUCCAGGUUGGAGAGGAAAGUCUUCAACAAAAGUGCCAUGAGAAGAGUAACAGAGGCUAUGAAACGAGUGGACAGAAGGAAGCAUGAAAAAUUUGCAAACCAGUUUAACUAUGCAUUGAAUUGACACCUUUUAGACCAUCGGGAUACAGACCAUUCAACUGGGAAUGAUAUGGCAACAGUUGUACUUGUACCUUCUGGCAAUACUGUGCAGACUUUAUUUUAUGUCCCACAUCUUUAUUGUGUACCAGUACUGAAAAUCAGGGACCGUAGACGUGGCUUUGAUGUUGUUGUGUUUUAUCACAUUAGUGUUUUGUGUCAGUGGGAAAAAAAAAAAAAA